AUGGGUGGUAGUGGAAGUGGAAGAGGCGCCGCGAAAGGAAUUGGCAUGGGAAUCGGAAUCGGGCGGAGCGCUGGAAAUCGAACCGUGCUGAUAACCGGUGUUAGCAAAGGCAUCGGUAGGUCUCUGGCGAUCGAAUUGGCGAAUCGCGGGCACACCAUCAUCGGCUGCUCCCGAGCUCAGGAAAAACUCGAUUCCCUUCAAUCUCUACUGAGCAGCAACAACAAUCAGCAUCUCUUCCUCAACGCCGACGUGAGUUGCAACAACAGUGUGGCAGAGAUGGCAACAGUUGUGAUGGAGAAAAAGGGCGGUCCACCGGAUAUCAUAGUGAACAAUGCAGGAACGAUUAACAAGAACAACAAGAUGUGGGAGGUUCCGGCGGAAGAAUUCGAUCUUGUAAUGGAUACGAAUCUGAAAGGCAGUGUGAAUGUGCUGAGGCAUUUUAUUCCUUUGAUGUUGAAGAAGAAUGAAGGGGAAGGGAUAAUAGUGAAUAUGUCAUCUGGUUGGGGGAGAUCUGGUGCGGCACUUGUAGCACCUUACUGUGCGUCUAAAUGGGCAAUUGAAGGACUGACGAAGUCGGUGGCGAAAGAGUUGCCGCAAGGAAUGGGAGUUGUGGCGCUUAAUCCGGGAGUGAUUAACACUGAUAUGCUUGCUUCUUGCUUUGGUGCUUCUGCAUCUAUGUAUCAGUCUCCAGAAAUAUGGGCUUUGAAGGCAGCCACCAUGAUACUCAAUCUUACUCCCGCAGACAAUGGCGCUUCUCUCUCCGUUUGA